AUGGAUGUGACCACGUAUCUGGCAGCUAUGCUCAAUGUCUCUGAAAAUCAGAUGAUGUCCUAUCAAGAAAUCUUAUAUCACACAAAUGAAAACUCUUUGGAGGAUUACUGGGAAUAUAGAGUGUCCAACAUAAUAGCUGCCACAGUUACACCUGUGUUAACUGGACUGGGUAUUGUCGGCAACUGUCUGUCUGUGACUGUGUUAUUCUGCGGUAAAAUGCCGCGUUCCACGACUUUGACCUACAUGACUGCUCUGUCCAUGUAUGAUGCUCUAGCAGAAUCAAUCAACUUCAUCAUGUUCACAUGGGGAGUACAAGAUGGCAGGACUCUGUAUUCCAGAUUCACUUGUGCAACGCUUUUCUUCUUUUUCUUUUUGUCUGUUCAUUCAAGCGUGAUGGUGACUGUGGCCAUGACGACUGAAAGGUAUCUGAUGAUAAAAUAUCCUCUCAAAGCAAGCUACCUGUUUACCAUCAGGCGAGCCCGCAUGGCCGUGGGGACAGUGACUGUUGUAGCGUUGUUUGUCAACAUACACAACUGUUUUACCAGAGGCUCUUCGUGGAAUGACGCCCUCAAGACAAAUGUGUGUAGUGCAGUGGGGGAAGCGGGUGAACUAUUUCUCCAUUUGAUCUGGCCAUGGGUAGAUGCAAGCGUAUAUUGUUAUAUCCCCUUUUUUGCUCUUCUUAUUUUGAAUAUCCUUAUUAUAAGCAAUGUUAAUCAAUCAAGCGAACUUUCUUUAAGGCUCAGUAUGUCUCACAGUAGAAGAUUAAUAGAAAACCGCCAGAUAACUCUCAUGUUGUUGUUCGUGACUCUCGCUUUUCUUGCACUAGUUGGCCCAAUGGGAGUUAUUUUAGCAGUGGAACAAAAUCUUCUGGCGACAGGCAGCGCUCUUGUGAAGGCCAGGCACAGCUUAGUUCGAGUUAUAUUUAACUGUUUGACCUACACUAACCACGCCGUUAAUUUUCUGUUGUAUUGCAUCAGCGGAAGAAGAUUCCGUAAAGAGGUACUGAGGCUAUUUUGUCGAGUCCACCCUACUCCAAAACUAGUAUACAACAUAAAGUAA